UCUUCUGCAUUCUUCUUCUUCUUCUUCUUCUUCUUCUUCUUCUUCUUCUUCUUAUGUGUUUUUUAUCCUGUAUCAUGAAAAUAAACACUAACUUUGCUCAUUGAUUUGUCUCAAGGAAAAUGCUGUUUUUGACCUGGUUGAAUUAGUUUAAUACCGUUUUAUUAGAAUGAAUAAAUCUGAGUGCAUCAUGAAGAAGGGAAUUUUCGUUUUUCAUUUGAUUGUGUAGUUGCAAAUCUUUUUGUUGAUUUGCUAAAGUUUUGUUUUCUUCACUCAAUCAGUUAUCUUCACUCAAUCAGUUAUUUUCCUUUUAUUUUAUUUAUUUUUUUUAUUUCUUCAUCAUUCAUUCAUUGCAUUCUUUCACCCUUUAUUUUUUGGUCACCUUUUUUUUAUUAUUUUUCUGAUUUUUUGAGGUUGUAAAAUUGAAGUCCGGAUGUGCUUGGUAUCAAUUCCGUGGAACUAAUUUAAUAAAAUUCCGAGGAAUCUUCUUUUUUUUUUUUUGUUGGGUUCAUAUAAGGAAUAAGGAUGGCAUAAUUGUGAAGAAUAAGGAUAGUUAUUUUUAUCUAAAUUUCAGAAAUCUUCUUCCUUUUUAUUUAUUUGUUUAUUCAUUGGUGUGGAACGGUUAGGGGAGGGUACAACAAUGUCCUCUCUUGUUAAAUCAGAUACAAUAAGGACAAUGAUAAUCUCAUGUAAAGAUUCUUGAUCUUCAUGACCCAUUUUUUUAACCCAAAGUAGUUUUCAUUUUGAAGCUUAUGGUGUAUCAUGAAUGGGUUUUCACCUGACUAUUUUUUCACUUAGAACCAAAUAGGGUACUGAAUCAAGUCAAUCAACCGUUAGUAAAAUCAGAAGAAUGAGGAAAACCAAUAUGAAACAGGUUUUCUUCUGUUUGUGGCACUAAUGUUAUUUGGCAUGUUGUAAACAUGUGUGAACAAAGUUUUGUGCUUCUUUUAGCUCUUAAAAUGUUGUGUUUUGUUGCCUUUUAGCAUGAAUUCUACAAUUUCAGUCUUUUCCUUAUGUGUUUUGACUUUUGACCCUUAAUCAUAAACAAGCAUAGAAUGAAUUUAAGGGUAUGCUUGGAAAAGGAAUAAAAGACAAGGUUGGAAAUUUUAAUGGAUGAAUUUCGUGUGUAAUUUAUACGAAACUAUUACAUGAAAAUUUCUAAAGGGAGCCUUGGAGCAACAAUUGAGUUUCCAAGUGACCGUGACCGUGUGACCUCAAUGUCACGGAUUCAAGCCGUGGAAACAGUCAAUAAAAUAGUUAUCAGGUUAGGCAGUGUUACACCCUUUGCGUGCGGCCUGUCCUCGAACCCUGCAUUAAGAGGGGAUGCUUGUGCACCGGGCUGUCCUAUUACAUGAAAAUUUCCAUUUGACUUUUGUUUCCUGGGAUAAUAUACCUUAAGCUUAUUUUUGGUGUCUCAAGAUAGAAAUUUGUGACUCUCUCUCUAUUUCCAUUGUCCUCACUCUUCCAUGGACAAAGAUCUCAGCAAAUUUUGUGGAGAAAAGAAAACAAUCAAUUCAGAGUUAUGGCAUGCUUGUGCUGGACCAUUGGUUUCUUUACCUCCUAUUGGAAGUCUUGUGGUUUAUUUCCCUCAAGGACACAGCGAACAAGUUGCAGCAUCCAUGCAAAAGGAGGCCGACUUCGUACCAAGUUACCCGAACCUUCCAUCCAAGUUGAUUUGCAUGCUUCACAAUGUUGUCCUUCAUGCUGAUCCUGAAACUGACGAGGUUUAUGCUCAAAUGACCCUUCAACCUGUAAAUAAAUAUGAUAAGGAAGCAAUACUGGCAUCCGACAUGGGUCUCAAGCAAAACCAGCAACCUACUGAAUUCUUUUGCAAAACUCUCACAGCUAGUGACACAAGCACUCAUGGUGGAUUUUCUGUGCCUCGUCGAGCAGCCGAAAAAAUAUUCCCACCUCUGGACUUUUCGAUGCAACCUCCGGCUCAGGAGAUUGUUGCGAAGGAUUUGCACGAUAGUACAUGGACAUUUAGGCAUAUUUAUCGCGGACAACCAAAGAGGCACUUGUUGACUACUGGAUGGAGUGUCUUUGUUAGCACGAAAAGGCUAUUUGCCGGAGAUUCUGUUCUUUUCAUUAGCCAGAUAUUUUUGGUUUUCAGAGAUGAAAAACAGCAACUUCUUUUAGGUAUAAAGCGCGCUAAUAGGCAGCAGCCGGCACUCUCUUCGUCGGUAAUAUCCAGCGACAGCAUGCACAUUGGCAUUCUUGCUGCUGCAGCUCAUGCUGCUUCAAAUAACAGCCCUUUUACCAUAUUUUAUAAUCCAAGGGCAAGCCCGUCGGAAUUUGUGAUUCCGUUGGCCAAGUACAACAAGGCCAUGUACACUCAAGUUUCUCUUGGUAUGAGAUUUAGAAUGAUGUUUGAGACUGAGGAGUCUGGAGUACGCAGAUAUAUGGGUACAAUCACCGGCGUUAGUGACUUGGAUCCGGUCCGAUGGAAAAACUCACAGUGGCGCAAUCUUCAGGUUGGUUGGGAUGAAUCAACAGCUGGGGAGCGCCCAAGCAGAGUUUCGAUCUGGGAUGUUGAACCAGUAGUUACUCCUUUCUACAUUUGUCCUCCUCGCUUUGUUGUUGAUUUUGCAGAAGACGAGUCUGACAUAGAAAAUGCUUUUAAGAGAGCUAUGCCCUGGCUUGGAGAUGAACUUGGCAUGAAGGAUGCUUCAAGCUCAAUCUUUCCUGGUUUGAGUUUAGUGCAAUGGAUGAGCAUGCAGCAGCAGAACAAUCAGUUCGCCGCCGCCCAAUCCGGAUUUUUCCCGCCAUCUAUGCUUUCAUCCAAUACACUCCAUGGCAACCUUAACAAUAAUGAUCAAUCCAAGAUAUUGAACUUCCAAGCCCCAGUCCUCUCUGCACCAAAUCUUCAAUUCAACAAACCUAAUCUACCCAACCAAGUCAACCAACUGCAGCAAUCUAUGACAUCAUGGCCCCAACAGCUGCAGCAGCCACAGCAGCAGCAGCAGCAGAAGCUGCAGUCAUUGUUGCAAUCGCCAGUAAACCAGCUUCAGCCACAGCAGCAGCAGCAACAGAGGCAACAGCAGCUGCCGGAGCCACAAAACUUGUCGCAGUCACAGCAACAGCAGCCCCAACUGCCUCAACAGAGAACACAGCAGCUGCAACAACCACAGCAGCAGCCGCCUCCACCGCAGCAACACCAACCUCAACAGUCAUGUCAACAGCCAAUUAUGAAUAAUCGGGUAGUUACUUCUAAUCAGUGUGUUCAAGUUCCACAACCGGUAACCUAUUCUCAGCUUCAGCAACAGCAAUUAGUCUCCGGAAGCAUGCCGACACAACAAAGUAUCCAACCUGCCAACAAGAAUGCAAUGCUAAUGACAUCCUUGCCAUUAGACUCGCAAUUUCAGCAACCGAUAGAUCAGCAAACUAGUCUCUUACAGAGGCAGCAGCAACAACCGACACAGUUGCAACAAUCUCCAUUGCAGUUCUUGCAACAAAGCACAUCGCAGAGGGCAUUGCAGCAACUUCAAGGGACUCAAAUGUCACAGCAAAACGCCUCAGAGCAACAGUUACAGUUACAGCUGCUGCAGAAACUGCAACAGCAGCAGCAGCAGCAGCAGCAACAGCAACUUAUUUCAACAUCUAGUCCACUAUUGCAGUCACAGCUUCUGCAGCAAAAAAAUACUCAUCUGGCAAACCAGCAACUACCGCAGCUGCCUCAAUCGCAGCAUCAACCUCAACAGCUAGGAAAUAAUUCAUUCCCAAUGGAGAAGCUUCUCAACAGCAACAGCUUCUCUUCUUCGUCUCUAAUGCAGUCGCAACAGCUUUCGGUGAACCAACCAACCCUGAAUGCACAGAAAUCAGUUAUAACUAGUAGAGCUCCUUCUAGUCUUACCGAUGUAGACGUCCCGUCAUGCUCGACUUCACCGUCUACUAAUACCUGCCAGAUAUCUCCACCAAAUCUCAUGAAAAGAAAUCAACAAGCACCAACCACAUUUGGGGGAAUGUCGGUUGUUGAGCCGACUAAUAAUUUGGUGCAAGAGCUUCAUAAUAAGUCUGAUAUGCAGAUAAAACAUGAAUUAUCCGGCAUAAAAGGGCCUGACCAGCUUAAGUAUAAAGGCACAAUCAGUGAUCAGCUGGAAGCUUCUUCGUCCGGAACAUCUUACUGUAUUGAUCCGGGUAGCAUCCACCAGAACUUCCAACUUCCAAACUUCUGCAUGGAUGGUGAUGUUCAAUCGCAUCCUAGACAAAAUCUACCAUUUGCCUCCAAUCUUGAUGGACUAGCAGCGGAUACCAUGCUCUCAAGAGGUUAUGACUCUCAAAAAGAUCUUCAAAACUUGCUGGCUAACUAUGGUGGUGCUCCAAGAGACAUCGAAACAGAGCUGUCCACUGCCGCCAUCAGCUCGCAGUCAUUUGGGGUGCCAAACAUGCCUUUCAAGCCUGGUUGCUCAAGUGAUAUUCCCAUGAACGAUGCUGGGGUUUUGAAUAAUGGCUUAUGGGCUAACCAGACUCAGAGAAUGCGAACAUACACUAAGGUUCAAAAAUGUGGUUCUGUUGGAAGAUGUAUCGACGUCACGCGAUACAAAGGAUAUGAUGAACUCCGCCACGAUUUGGCUCGAAUGUUCGGGAUUGAAGGGCAGCUAGAAGAUCCUCAAAGGACCGAGUGGAAACUAGUAUAUGUGGAUCAUGAGAAUGACAUUCUUCUUGUUGGUGAUGACCCGUGGGAAGAAUUCGUAAGCUGUGUUCAGAGCAUAAAGAUAUUGUCGUCCGCCGAGGUGCAACAAAUGAGUUUGGAUGGGGAUUUAGGCCAAGUUCCAAUCCCUAAUCAAGCAUGUAGUGGCACGGAAGGUGGCAAUGCAUGGAGGGGACAGUACGACGAUAACUCUGCCGCCUCAUUUAAUCGAUAAGGAUGUCAAGUAUCGACAUUUUUGAACCAGCCAACAUGUAUAUUUUCAGAGAUGGAGGACUAACUUAACCCUUAAAAUUUCUUCUUGGUGCUUUCCAUAGGUCACAGAUUGAGACAUAAUUCACUUCUAAAAGAUGCUGUUGAUAGCAUACUAUAGAAGUUUAGAUACUUAGAUUAAUGUUAGAGAUCCUUCCUUUGAAUAUGCCAUUGUUGUGAGUGCUAAUGAAAUAGUGCUUGGUUAGAAUUCUUUUUCUUUUCUCCCCUCUGGUCUCAAAUUUGUAUUUUAUUUUAUUUUAUUUUAUUUUUGGCAAAGGUUCAGGCAUAUAGGUUUGCUGGUGUAUAAUGUGACGGUUUCUUAUAUAAAGAUUUUUAUAUUUUAUUUUUA